AUGCGACUGCGGGUGGCGGCGGGCAGUCCGGCGGCGCUGAAGGUGGUGGCGGCCGCACACCGCGCCGCCGCUCCGGUGCAGCUGUGCUGGGCCGAGCCUGGAGAGCCGCCGCCGUCCCCGCUGUGCCCCUCGUGGGCCCCCGCCCUGCAGCUGGAGAGCGGCGCGGUGCUCUACUCUCCCAAUGCCAUCUGCCAGUACUUCUUCCUGCGGCGCGGCGAGCUGCCCACCGAGCUGACCACCCAGUGGCUGGAGUGGGAGGCCACCGAGCUGCAGCCCGCUGCGCUGGCAGCCCUGUACGCGCGCCUGGUGCACGGUCAGACGGGCGUGGAGGCGGCAGCGGCACUGGGAGGACUCCUAGGCCACAUCGAGCGGAGCUUGGCCGGGAGAGGCACGGCGUACCUGGCCGGGGACACUGAGUCGGUGGCGGAUGUGGUGGUGUGGGGCACGUUGUUCCCUGUGCUCCGAGAUGAAGUCAUCCCCUCAGCUGAGCCGCUGCGGAGCUGGUUCCAGAGCAUGACGCUCUCCGAGGCAUGCAGGAGUGCCGCCGAUGCCGUGCUGCUGCCGCAGCGCCUGCAGGAGUUCACAGCCUGCCUGCAGAAGCUGCCCCCGCUACGCCCACGCCCAGACAUGGCCCCAGGCAGCGAGGAGGAUGACACAUUGGAGCGGGCGCUGACGGAGGAGGAUGUGGCAGCAGCUGUGGAUGCCUGGGCCCGCGGUGCUGCUGCGCUGCCCAAACCCUGGCGGCCUCCGAAACCCGUAUUGCCGGUGGAGGGCAUGAGGAAUGUGCUGAUCACCAGUGCCUUGCCCUACGUCAACAACGUGCCCCACCUGGGCAACAUCAUCGGCUGUGUCCUCAGCGCUGACACCUUUGCCAGGUACUGCCGCCUGCGGAACUGGAACACGCUGUACGUGUGCGGCACUGACGAGUAUGGCACGGCCACCGAGACCAAGGCAGUGGAGGAGGGGCUGACGCCACAGGAGAUCUGCGACAAGUACCAUGCCGUCCACGCCGACAUCUACCGCUGGUUCAACAUCUCCUUCGAUUACUUCGGCCGCACCACCACACCGCAGCAGACCAUCAUUUCGCAGGACAUCUUCCAGCGCCUGCAGGCCCGUGGCUUCGUGCUGCAGGACACGGUGCAGCAGCUGCACUGUGCCAGCUGCCAGCGCUUCCUGGCUGACCGCUUUGUGGAGGGCACCUGCCCCUUCUGUGCGUACCAGGAGGCGCGUGGCGACCAGUGUGACAAGUGCGGCAAGCUCAUCAACGCCGUGGAGCUGAAGACGCCUCGCUGUAAGCUGUGCAGCAGCACCCCCACAGUGCAGCCCACCCGGCACCUCUUCCUCGACCUCCCCAAGCUGGAGGAGCGGCUGCAGCCAUGGCUGAAGCACUGCUGGGCCACUGGGAACUGGACGGCCAACGCCCGCUACAUCACACGCUCCUGGAUCCGCGACGGGCUGCGGCCACGCUGCAUCACACGGGACCUGCAGUGGGGCACUCCCGUGCCUCUUGACGGCUUCCGCAACAAGGUGUUCUACGUGUGGUUUGACGCUCCCAUUGGAUACCUCUCCAUCACUGCCAACUACACAGAGCACUGGGAGCGCUGGUGGAAGAACCCCCAGCAGGUGGAGCUGUACAAUUUCAUGGCCAAGGACAACGUGCCCUUCCACAGCGUCAUGUUCCCCUGCUCACUGCUGGGCGCCGAUGACAACUACACACUGGUCAACCAUCUCAUUGCCACAGAGUACCUGAACUAUGAGGACGGGAAGUUCUCCAAGAGCCGCGGUGUGGGGGUGUUCGGGGACAUGGCCAAGGACACGGGCAUCGCAGCUGACGUGUGGCGCUUCUACUUGCUCUAUGUGCGGCCCGAGGGGCAGGACAGCGCCUUCUCUUGGGGCGACCUGAUGCUGAAGAACAACUCAGAGCUGCUGAACAACCUGGGCAACUUCAUCAACAGAGCCGGGAUGUUUGUCUGCAAGUUCUUUGGCGGUGCGGUGCCUGCCAUGGCGCUGACGCUGGAUGACCACCGGCUCUUGGCUCGCAUCACGGUGGAGCUGCGGCAGUACCACCGGCUGCUGGAGCGGGUCUGCAUCCGCGAUGCGCUGCGCUGUGUCCUCAACAUCUCCCGCCACGGCAACCAGUACAUCCAGGUGAAUGAGCCAUGGAAGCGUAUCAAGGGUGACGAGGAGGACAGGCAGCGUGCCGGCACCGUGACUGGCGUGGCGGUGAACGUGGCGGCACUGCUGGCCGUGCUGGUGCAGCCCUACAUGCCGGCGGUCAGUGCAGCCAUCCAGGCACAACUCUGCAUGCCCCUGGAGAGCUUGGUGCUCGGCCACGUCUUCACCUGCACCCUGCCGCCCGGCCACCGCGUGGGCACGGUGAGUCCGCUCUUCCAGAAGCUGGAGAGUGAGCGCAUCAAUGCCCUCCGCAAGCGCUUCGGGGCUGGGCAGGCAAAGCCCCCCGCUCCCCCCACGCAGCCAGAUUCCCCCUUGGUGCCCAGCGUGGCUGCCGGCGACCCUAGCCGCAUCCAGGAGCUGACAGAGCAAGUGGCUGAGCAGGGAGACUGCGUGCGGCGGCUGAAGGCGAGUGGGGCGGACAGGGCAUGCAUCGACAGCGAGGUGGGCAAGCUGCUGGCACUGAAGCGGGAGCUGGCGCUGGCCCAGAACGUGAGCCCUGAUGGUCCCAGGGCCCAAGGGAAGAAGUAACGCAACGAGAUCACGCUGCCAGUGACACUAUGUGUGUAAUAAAACAUAGAUGCUGUA